AUGAUGUACGCAAAGGAAAAACCAGAGGCAACUGACCUUGACAGUGCUGUUACGUCGGGCUUUUGUUCCUUUAUUGCCAGUUUGCCGCCAAAAUCAGACGAUACUAUUCGGCUGUUUGAACGACAGGACUAUUAUAGCGCACACGGAUCUGACGCGACAUUUGUCGCCACACAUGUAUACCAUACUCUCUCAGUUAUCAAGCAACUUGGCAAAGGGAAGGAUUCUUUGCCAUCCGUGACACUCUCUUCAACUGUGGCCAAAAUCUUCCUCCGCGAGGCACUCACAACUCGUCAACUCCGUAUCGAGAUAUGGACCCCCGAAGGAGGCAAAGGCAAGAACGCGUCCGGAACCCGCUGGGAACUCUCUCGCAGGGCCUCUCCAGGAAAUCUACAAGAUGUUGAAGACUUGUUGUUUUCAAACAACCGACUUGGAGAGUGCCCCGAUUGCCUCUCCAGGAAAUCUCCAGGAAUCUACAUGUUUGAAGACUUUUUUUUCAAACACCGACUUGGAGAGUGCCCCGAUUGUGAUGGCUGUUCGUCUUGGCAAAAAGGACGCCGGAACAAAAAUGGUUGGAGUAGCGUGUUUGCGGAUGCCUCGGCGCGGGAAAUCGGAGUCUCCGAGUUUCCUGAUAAUGACCUAUUGUCCAAUUUUGAGGCCUUGCUCAUUCAAUUGGACGUUAAAGAAUGUGUCAUGCAAGCCGACGACAAGCGAACCGACAUAGACUUGAACAAACUUCGGGAAGUAAUAGCGGUGUAUGUCGUGCUUACUGAGCGAAAGUCGGAAUUUGAACAAGAUCUCGGUCGACUGCUCAAGGGAGAUUUGGCUACCACAGCACUGCCCGAAUAUGACCUCAAGACAGCCAUGUCGGCUGCUGCUGCGUUGAUUUCCUAUCUCUCCUUGACAUCCGACUCGGGCAACUCGCAUCAAUACACUUGCGCACACACGAUCUUGCCCAGUUUCAUGCGCCUGGACGCCAGCGCCGUUCGGGCGUUGAACCUCAUGCCAGCGCCUGGUCUCGGAGGAUCAGUCAAUCUACACGCCAUCGAAACGAGACAAACCUUGGUUGAGGCUUUUGUAAACGAUGGUGAAGCGCGCGAUACACUCCGGGAUGACUACUUGCGUGCCAUGCCAGACUUUCAUAGGAUUGGCAAGCGGUUCCAGAAAGGUGGUGCUUCACUAGAAGACGUCGUACGUGUUUACCAGGCUGCCCUAAAGAUUCCUGGCCUUAUUAUGACUCUUCAAGCUGUCGGAGAGGAGAGUGAUCCGGCCAAGGCCUUGAUCAAGUCUCAAUACUUGGAUGAGCUAGAGGAAUACUCUUCGAGCCUCUCCAAGUACACCGAGAUGGUUGAGCAGACGAUAGAUCUCAAGGAGCUCGACCGCCACAAUUACGUCAUCAAACCCGACUACGACCAAAAUCUCAAACGAUUGGCGCUCAAACUCUCAGAAGUCCGAGAUGGACUGGAUGAAGAACACCAAGACGUAGGGCAAGAUCUCGGCUUGGAGUUGGACAAGAAGCUCCAUUUGGAGAACAAUCCUUCACACGGCUACUGUUUCCGGUUGAGCAAGACGGACGCUAAAGCUAUUCACAACAAACGUCAAUACAACGAGAUCUCCACUCAGAAAGCUGGAACGUUGUUUACGACUUCUACGUUGAGGGAACUAGCCAACGAGUAUGGAUCACUCUCAGACCAAUAUAAUCGCGCCCAAAGCGGUCUAGUAAAGGAGGUGGUUGGUAUCGCCGGAACUGGUGAUCUAGUCAUCAAGGAAGGCCGACACCCAUGCCUCGAAGUUCAAGAGGAGAUCAUGUUCAUACCAAACGACACCGAACUCCACCGAGAAAAAAGCGAAUUCUUGAUCAUCUCCGGACCAAACAUGGGUGGCAAGUCUACCUAUAUUCGUCAGGUCGGUGUGAUCGCGCUGAUGGGCCAGUGCGGUUGCUUUGUCCCAGCGACCGAAGCCCAGCUCCCGAUCUUCGACUCGAUUCUAGCGCGCGUUGGCGCCGGGGACAGCCAACUCAAGGGUGUAUGCGAUCAGAGUUUCGGAAUACACGUCGCGGAGUUGGCCAAUUUCCCUGAAAACGUCGUAAAGCUCGCGAAGCGCAAAGCGGAAGAACUGGAAGACUUUGGGGGAAGUGCGGUUUGGGCAGAGUCGACCGAACCGGACUUGUCAAAGGAGGUCACGGAAGAAGGGGCCAAGAUUCUAGAGCAGGUGUUGGGUGAAUGGGCCGCCAUGGCUGGACUCGAAGCUGGAAAGGAUGGUGAUGAUGUCACCAUGAGUGAAGGCAGCUCAGAAGAACAAGUCCGUAUACUCAGGGAGGUGUUUGAAAAGCAUCGGGCACAGAUCGAGGGGAAUGCUUGUUAUAAUGUCGCUAUCGCAUUCGCAUUUAUUUAA